AUGGAUUUGCGUAAACGGGUUUGGAGUAUCUGUGCAGUGGUUGGCUUGGUGCUCAUUGUCAGUGAACAUUCACAGUGUGAAACAACCUGGGAGGUUCCUCGCUUUGACGGCUGGUACAACAGUUUAGGAUAUCCAAGACGCGGAGCUGUCGGUUCUCACCUUAUGCGCCUCGUGCCCGCGCACUACUGGGACGGAGUCUACCAACCCGUUCAGGAGCCUCUGCUGCCAAACCCUCGAAGACUGAGCCGCCUGCUGACCUCUGGACCCUCCGGUCUGCCCUCAACACGCAACCAGACCGUACUCUCACUGUUUUUUGGUUAUCACGUUGCUUUUGAGAUUUUGAACUCAAGAGCUCCUGGUUGCCCACCUGAAUUCAUGAACAUCCCAGUCCCAAAAGGUGACCCCAUUUUUGACCCGACUGCUACUGGCAAAGUCAUGCUGCCUUUCCAGAGAGGACCAUGGGACAAAGAAUCCGGCCAGAGUCCCAGUAACCCUCGUACUCAGGUCAACUUGGUGACAGCGUGGAUAGAUGGUAGCUCCAUCUAUGGCCCCUCCACUUCCUGGUCUGACUCCCUGAGAGGCUUCUCUGGGGGGCUCCUGACUUCAGGCUCUGAGUGGAACAUGCCGAAAGAAGGAACAGGACACAGCCACAUGUGGAGAACUGCUGACCCCUCUACAGGUGAUCAUGGACCCCAUGGCCUCUAUGAGUUGGGAAAUGCCUGGGCCAAUGAGAACAUGUUCACGGGAGCAGAGGGGAUUAUCUGGUUUCGCUACCACAAUUAUGUAGCCUCCAAACUGCAUGAGGAACACCCAGAGUGGUCAGACGAAAAGCUGUUUCAAAACGCCAGGAAGACCGUUGUGGCCACAUUUCAGAAUAUUGCACUCUAUGAAUGGCUGCCUGGAUACCUCAGAGACAAAAAGCUCCCUCCUUACCCAGGUUAUCAGAAGUUUGUUGAUCCAGGCAUUUCUCCUGAGUUUCAGGCUGCUGCUGUACGACUUGGCAUCACUAUGGCUCCACCUGGUGUUUACAUGAGAAACAGAACCUGCCAUUUUCGGAAGAUUAUCAACAAAGAUGGGAGCUCAUCACCAGCCAUGCGUCUUUGUAACAGCUUUUGGAAACGUCAGAGAAUCAAUGUGAAGACAAGCCGGGAUGUAGACGACCUCCUCAUGGGCAUGGCCUCCCAGAUUGCAGAGAAAGUAGACAAUGUUGUUGUGGAGGACCUGACAGACUUCAUGUACGGACCCCUAAGGUUCACCCGCACAGAUUUGGUGGCACUGACUAUCCAGAGAGGAAGAGACUUUGGCCUCCGUAGUUACACUGAUGUCAGAAAAGCUCUGGAUUUGCCUCCUGUGAAGACGUUUGAUGACAUAAAUCCUGAGCUCAAUAGCACCAACCCACAGUUACUCCACAAUAUUGCAGAACUGUAUGACAGAGACGUUGUGAAACUGGAGCUCUUCCCUGGAGGACUGCUGGAGUCUCUCGAUGGUCCAGGUCCAGUUUUCUCCGCCAUCAUCUUGGACCAGUUUGAACGCAUCAGAAAUGGAGACCGCUUCUGGUUUGAGAACAAACAGAAUGGUUUGUUCACAGAUGAGGAGAUCCAAAUGAUCCGCAACGUGACGUUUCAUGAUGUCCUUAUUGCAGUCACUAGUGCAGAGGCCACUGAUAUACAGAAUAAUGUCUUCUUCUGGAAGGAUGGUGACCCUUGUCCUCAGCCCACACAGCUGAAUGCAUCAAUGCUCCAUCCCUGCACUAAUGCCACCAAACUUAAUUACUUUGAUGGGAGCAAAGCUGGCUUUGGGAUAUUUAUCAUUGUUCUAUUCCUCUUCCCUGUUGUGAGUUUUCUAGUGGCCUGUAUGGUGGCAUAUCUCCGCAAGUACAGGUAUAAGAAGUUCCAGAGAAGAAGAAAAGCUGUAGGCAGAGCAGAGGAGCUGGCUGUGGGAAUGACUGCCUAUGAGUGGCAGGGUCAUAAAAAUCCUCUGCAACCUGUCAGCGUGGAGGUAGAUGAGAAGAGGAGACUGCAGAUCUUCGACAGAUCAGGGCCCGCUCUCCGCUGCCUCAAUCUGGGCAACCAGCACUACCUAGACGUCCUCCUGUCAAACGACCGUCACCAUAAAGCUCUGCUGCUCAAAGUACCGAAAGAGUACGACCUGGUGCUGUUUUUUGAUGACGAGAGCAAACGUACAGCAUUUGUCAAGCAUCUGCGCCCGGAGGUGACAGACAUCAGGCAGGAGAUUAGAGUGAAGGAGAUGAGAGAGAAGGAACUACUGAAGGAGGCUUUAACCAGAGAGCGGAGGGCUCAGAUUGUGGAAACUUUCAUUCGACACGCUUUCUCUAAGGUCUUGGAAAUAGAGAAGUGUGAUGCUGGGGACAUGAGUGGCGUCUCCCACAAGAAAGCCAGGGAGGUCCUCCAGUGCGAACUGACAGCAUCAGAGUUUGCUGAUGCACUGGGCCUCAAGUCUGACUCUUUAUUUAUGGACUCUAUGUUCACACUAGCUGAUAAAGAUGGCAACGGCUACCUCUCCUUCCAAGAGUUUCUUGAUGUGAUGGUUAUUUUUAUGAAAGGGUCCCCUGAGGAAAAAUCAAAACUGAUGUUCUCCAUGAACGACAUUGGUGGAACUGGUUUCUUAUCAAAAGAAGAAUUUGCCAGGAUGCUCAGGUCUUUCAUUGAAAUCUCCAACGGCGCUCUGUCAAAGAGCCAGGCAGAGGACGGCAUCAAGGCCAUGAUGCAGGCUGCAGGCUUUGAUGACAAGGAGAAAAUCACAUGGGAGGACUUUCAUUUCCUGCUGCGGGACCAUGAGAAGGAGCUGCAGUUUGCCCAACUCAAUGUUAAAGGGAUGGAGAAACAAGGGAAGAAGCGGCUGAGUCGAGACCAAAGAGUUUCCUUCAUCCUUCCAGCAAACAACAACAACAAGACAGAUGGACAGAAGAUACGCAGACGGAAAAAGUUAGAUGUCAACACUCCAGAUGUCUAUGUGAAGCCCAAGCGUGAGCAGUACAUACGGAACCCAGUCCAGCAGAAGAUCCAGCAGUUCAAACGUUUCAUUGAGAAUUAUCGCCGUCAUAUUGUCUGCUUUAUUGUCGUAUAUGGCAUCACAGCUGGUGUGGCGCUCGAAAGAUGUUACUACUACGGUUUGCAGGCAGAAUCUACAGGUUUCCCUGAGACGUCAGUGGUGGGGAUCAUCGUCUCCCGGGGCUCGGCGGCCGCCAUCUCCUUUCUGUUUCCCUACAUGCUCCUCACCGUGUGCCGCAACCUCAUCACGCUGUGCAGAGAGACCUUCCUCAACCGAUACAUCCCCUUUGACGCCGCCAUUGACUUCCAUCGCUUCAUGGCCAUGACUGCCAUCAUCCUUUCAGUUGUUCAUAGUUUGGGCCAUGUCGUCAACAUCUACAUCUUCUCCAUCAGUGACCUCAGCAUCCUUUCUUGCCUGUUUCCCAGAGUCUUAUCCAAUAAUGGGUCUGAACUUCCUCUCAAGUGGUCUUGGUGGUUCUUUCAAACUGUUCCAGGAAUGACUGGUGUCUUGCUUCUCUUUGCUUUUUCAUUCAUGUAUGUUUUUGCAUCACACUAUUUCCGCCGCAUCAGUUUUCGUGGAUUUUGGAUCACACAUUACCUCUACGUUGUCGUCUACAUUUUAACAGUUAUUCACGGCAGUUUUGCCCUACUUCAAGAGCCCCGUUUCCACAUCUACCUAAUCCCACCCGCACUACUCUUUCUGCUGGACAAACUGAUCAGUUUGAGCAGGAAGAAGGUAGAGAUACCUGUGGUCAGAGCUGAGCUGCUGCCUUCAGGUGUGACACAUCUGGAGUUCAAGCGACCUCAGGGCUUUGUGUAUCGUUCAGGCCAGUGGGUUCGCAUAGCGUGCCUGAUGUUGGGUACAGAUGAGUACCAUCCAUUCACACUGACGUCAGCACCUCACGAAGAAACCCUCAGCCUGCACAUCCGAGCUGUGGGGCCCUGGACCAGCCAGCUCCGAGAGCUCUACACUGAAGAAAGCCUGAUUGAGCUGGGAGCCUAUCCAAAGCUGUACCUGGACGGCCCAUUUGGUGAGGGCCAUCAAGAGUGGAUUGACUUUGAGGUGUCUGUUCUGGUGGGAGGAGGAAUUGGUGUCACUCCAUUUGCUUCCAUCCUCAAAGACCUGGUGUUCAAGUCCUCCAUCAGGUCCAAGACUCAGUGUAAAAAGGUGUACUUCAUCUGGGUGACACGAACUCAGCGUCAGUUUGAGUGGGUGUCAGACAUCAUCAGGGAAGUGGAGGAGAUGGACACCCAGGAGCUGGUCUCAGUUCACACUUACAUCACUCAGGUGGCCGAGAAGUUCGACCUCCGCACCACCAUGCUGUAUGUGUGUGAGCGCCACUUUCAGAAGGUGUGGAACCGCAGUCUUUUCACCGGCCUGCGGUCUGUCACCCACUUCGGCCGUCCGCCCUUUGUGUCCUUUUUCAGCUCACUGCAGGAAGUUCACCCUGAGGUGGGUAAAAUUGGUGUAUUCAGCUGUGGACCACCUGGACUGACCAAGAAUGUGGAGAAAGCUUGUCAGCAGAUGAACAAGAGGGAUCAGGCCCAUUUCAUACAUCACUAUGAGAACUUCUAACUUGUCCUAAGCACUGGACUACAUGUUACAGAACGAACAACAAGCCACUUUGCACUGGAGAAUACAAGUCACUGCAGCAGUUAAUUAAUAUUAUUUUUCCACUUACAAUCACAGAGCCAAUUUAGGAAGUUUUGAUUUUAUGUAAUAUUAUGAAGUGAAAGAUACUGGAUGCCUACUAAUAAAAUGUGUAUUCCUCUUUACAUCUUUAUUCUUUGAUCAUUAAUAUUAUUGCUACAUUAAUUUCAAUCAGUCAAGGAUGUGAUUUUUAAUUUAAUACAAUUGUCACAAGGAUUUUAUUCAUAAUUUCUGUCAAAUCAUUGUUGUAAUCAUCAUGCAUCAUUUUUUAUUAAUAGUUUUUAUUGGCUGUUUGACUCAGAGAUGGAACUGGAGUUAGCUGUCAUACAUUGUUUGCAAAUAUGUUUUUGAGAUGAUAAUGUAUAAUUGAUUCCAUGUUAUUGAUUUCUUGUGCUUUUGCGUGAAAUA